AGGACAAGAAGAAUUUAAGGAACAGAGGAAAAUUUAAAGGAAGCAAAGAGUGUAUUUGCCUCAUUGUACAUGUUUUAUACUGUGAAACCUAAGUCAGGUGAGAAGGAGGUGACUCCGGAGUAUUUCUUCUCUCUGUGGUCCUCCUUCUGUCACGACUUUAAGGAUCUCUGGAAAAAAGAGCAGCAGUAUGUUGCCAAAUUAAGAGUGCAACAAGAAGAAUUACGUCUGAAACAAAUCAGGGAAAAGAAGCUACAGCAACCAAACACCAGGGUGCGCCGGCGAGGGGGACUGAAAGACAAGCUGGCAAGUAAAGGGAUGCUUGGACAAUGAUUGUGAACCCCCCAAAGGCAAUUAGUUACCCGGUACCCAUUUCAUUCUACAGCAAAGCAAUAAUAGCGGUGGUAUGAGUGUUUAUGUUGAAGUGUAUGGUCUCAUUAAUGCAGCAUUUGAAUAGUUGUACAAUCUGAGGUCAUGUGACAGUCAGCAUUUAUUGUUAUAAGGUUGUAUUUAUAACUGAUGCAUUUUUUUUGUGCAUUUGCAAUUUCCCUUGCUACUGUGAUUUUAGACAUUUUUUUACAUUUACAGAUUUUUAUUUUAUAUACCAGAUCUUAUUGUUCUCUUUCAUUCCAUUUUUCUUGUGGAUUGUUAAAAACACUUAACACUGUGAGCUUUCUAUAUUUUUAUCCUGACAUUCACUUUUUCCAUGAGACUUUCCAGUUUUAUUUAUUUUUUUUUUUUCGAAUUCUAUCUCUUGUCAGUCUGGAUAAGGUUGAUAAUCAGCUCAAAAGUCUGAGACAUUCCAAAUGUUAGCUGUUGAUUAGGAGUAGGCUUGUGUGAUUUAUUAAUGAAACUGUAGUUCAUAUUUCCAGAAAAAGACUUACUCUGAUUUGUUUUUCUCUAUUUUAGAGGACUAGUCACUUUUCUUAAUUCAUAUUGAGUUACCUUGGUAAUUGUCUAUAGAUUUUUUUUUUUGCAUUUAUUUUUUGGAUCUGUUGUAAUGGUAGGUGUUUGGUUUGGGAUUUAGUCGUUACAGAAUUUCAUUUUUCACAAAAAGUUCAUUGCAUUUCAAGUACAAUUUUAGUAAAUAUCCUGCAUUGCAUCUGUAAAUUAAAAUGCUGUUGACAGAUUGUAAAAUUUGUUCAGGUUUCCAGUGUACAAUGUAUAUUGAAUAACAAGGUUGUUUUUUCUUGACCAUGCUAAAUGUUCCAAAUUCAAAGAAGCCUCUUGCAUGCCAAAGUUGAUAUUCAAGUUUUUGAACAAUUUACUGAUAUUCCUAAUUAGACUCAUUGAUUGUAAAUGUUUUUGUGAAUAUAAGGUAAUUACAAUACCUUAGAAUAUGCCAGUAAUAAUUAUUUUUACAUAUAAACAGAGGUAAAGGUAGGAAGGUUGUAUCCAUUGUUAAGCAUUGGUUACUACAUUGUAUAUUCUCACAUAAGGUUGUGUUCUUACAAGCCUAGAGUUCAGUAAAGCUGUUACAUUUCUUAUCUAUGCAAGAUUUUACCUCAUUACUUGCAAGAGGUGUUUGCCUAAUUAAUUUGAAUUAUGUGACUAUGAAGAUGUGCAGUGCAGAUGUAUUGACUGUUUUGUUUUAGGGGUUUUUUUAGUUAGUUUCAAGAUAUGAUUAAUUAUGAAUAUGUAAAUAUUCUAGAACAUUUAUGUGUUAAGAAAGAAUAGAUUCAAAUUUGAUAAGCAAGAAAAAGAAACAUUUUAAUUUAGAAGACUUCCAAAAAAAGGGUAGAUGAUCAAAGAAAAUGUGCACAGAGCACAUAAAUUAAAACUGCUGAAUUUAAGAACAUUUUCAUUGUACUUUUUUAGGGAUCUUCAGAAUUCCUUGAUAUUGCUAUAAUGUUUCCAAUAAAAUAAGAUUUUUAUUAAAUGAUGUUUUUUUUUCUAAGAG